CUUUGACUCCCACACUCUUUUUCUCUUUUUUCAUAUCACUUUUCUUUCUUCGUUUACAAGCACCAGGAAAACGCGGUUACAAGCGAAAAGACUUUAAAUCCACGUAUUCAUAUCUUCAAUUAUGCCUCCAGCUGCUAUCCCGUCAACGCUCGCUGACCGCCUCACGGCUCUUGUCAAGGGCCCCCAAUUCAUUUGGUGGUUGGGCCAUGUGAUGAUGCUGGUGUCCACUGCAUUUUAUGCAUUAUAUUGGAUCACUUUCAAUUCCAAAGCUGGAACGCAUUGGUAUACGCGUGCUUUCUUUGGAGCGCUUGUCAGCUACAGUGUCGUCGUCUAUAAGUCAUUCCCUAAUAUCCAAUUCACAGUAGAGUUUGUUCAGACUCUUUUUAGCGAGGAAAAUGUCCAAUAUCUGCUCAUGGCUUUCUUCUGGUGGAGAUCGACACCCAUGCUUGCUCCUCUGAUUCCGUAUGCUAUCUUUGCAUUUUUCAACUCGCUCAACUAUGCCAGAACAAAUAUCCUUCCUGCCAUCUUCCCUUCACUCCCAGCUGGUACAACAGACCCUACUCAUGCUUGGGUUGCCAAUGUCUCACGCAAGAUUCAAGUUUGGACUGAAAAGAACCAUGCAGGUGCCAUGGCUUUUGUCGCCUACGUCGAGGUUGUUGGAGUCAUGGGCUCGUUAAUCUUUGGUGCCAUUACCUUCCAAUCGUCUUUCUUAUCGCCUAUUGUGUAUGCCAACUUCCUGCGCUUCCGUUAUUUUUUCUCUUUGCACACCCGUGCUGCGUUCGCAUUAAUCCGUGCACGCCUUGACAAUUUGAUUGUGCCUCCAGGCGGCAAUCCCAAUGUCCCACCAGUAGUUGCUCAAGGAUACACCACUAUCCGUGGCGCGAUCACACGCUUUGGUCAAGCCGCUGUUCAGCAGCCUGCUGCACAUGCUCGUGCUCAAUAAAACGGAAGUAGCCCACGUGACAUACCACAGAUUGAAUUUGUUUGUGGAAUUUUUUUAGACGCAUUGGAUCAGAUAUGAAAAGAGAAAAUAAAAAUCAAUGUUAAUGUCGCCACGGCGACAUAAGCGACAAUAAAACAGGA